ACACAAACACACAUGUAUUGACGCAAGUAUGAUUCGAAAGUUGAUUCAUAGGAGACGAGUUGCGUUAAAAUCUAGUUGGUAAUAUAACAACUUCUCUAUACAUAAACAUUGCCGUCUUGAGCCGUGAUGCCUCGAUCCCAACUGAAAUCACUUUAUUGAGGUCAAAUCAUUGAGGUCCCAUUGGGUGAACGAUCAGUGUAUAAGCCCGCGACUCGUGGAUGGAUCAAUACAACCACCGAGGCUUGGACACUAUAAGCUCUGACUGACAAGCAACCAGGAUAUUUUGAAAAGACAUCAAGCGGGACACCGCUUGACCUGGACUCCCAGGCAGGAGGGACAGGUGAACAGUGAUAAGACAGGCGUGUAUUUAGCCCAGGUAUGGUUGUAUUUAUAGCGACAGUCAUGUGAGUGUGUUAUUUUGUAUUCAUUAACUAAAGCCUGUCAGUGUCAGCAUGGAGGACGAACCGCUACUACCGUCCCAUGACGGGAAAAGCCGUAGCGGAGAGAAAUCCAUCGUCAAGAAUCUCCUUUUUCUUAAUUUUGUGAUGUUCAUAUUAACGCUUUCAGGCAGCCUAUUUAUGCCUGUGAUGAGUCAGUAUUUAUACCAUCGUGUAUCAGAGGAUGUAUUCAACCACACUCUUGUCAACAUGACCACAACACAACCCUGUUACCGGAACACCUCGAGCCCCGAUUACAUGCUGCAGGAGAAGGCUCAGCAGCUCACUGCUGAAAAACAAAUGCAAUUCACGAUGUUGAGAAGCGCCCUGGCUAUCCUCAGUAACAUCAUGCUGGGUGCUUAUUCCGAUUCUAUUGGUCGAAAGUUCCUGUUUGUUACGCCACUGACAGGGCAACUGAUAAGAAGCGCCUUCACAACAGUUAUCAUUGGAUGUAGGCUGGACUUGAACUUGUUCUUCCUGUCUGAAGGCAUAGAUGGUCUCCUGGGAAGUUAUUACGGCAUCCUACUCGCGUGCUAUACAUACACCGCCGAUAACACGCCGGCUACAGGUUCCCGUACCAUCGGCAUCGCUGUCGUCGACCUCACCGAGUUCCUCGCCACCUCUCUCAUCUCCAUAGCCAGCGGAUACUUCAUCCAGGAUGUGAACUUCUUCUACCCAGCUCUCACUGCCACGCUGGUGUGUAUGGUGGCCCUCAUUAUAGUCACACUAUUCCUUCCGACAAGCACAUAUCAUGUUAGAGAUAGAGGCUCGACAUGGAUGAAUCCAGUGGAAGGUCUGAAAAGAGUGUUUGGGUUUUAUGUUUUCGACAACAGCACCUUAAAGAAAGCGUGUUUCAUCCUUAUUUUGCUUUCCUUUGUGUUUAAUGUCAUCAGUUCUGUUGGAGGCUCCAACAUCGACACUUUGUUUCUCCUGAAUGCACCAUUUUGCUGGACUCCAGAAAAACUUGCAUAUUACGUCACAGCCUUCACUGUGUUAUGUCCGCUGAUAGGAGUGCCCUUAACCAGGCUGUUUCAAGUGUGCCUGAUUGACGAGAUCAUUGCCGUGAUUGCAACAUCUGCAGCCGUCGCAAGCGAUGUCAUACACUCAUUUGCGUCGACGGACACCAUGAUGUAUAUAGUCGUCGGGGUGACGUCAAUCGGCAGCACAUUAUCAGGGAUCACCCGAGCCAUCAUGUCCCGCAUGGCGCCACCCAACAGACAAGGGUCACUGUUCGCCAGUAUCGCGGUGGUGGAGACGAUCUGCUCCCUGGUUGGCUCUCCCUUGUUCAGCAGGGUCUACCAAGGCACGGUUGUCAUAUGGCGAGGCCUGGUCUUCAUCGUCAUGGCCGGAAUGCAUGUUGUCGCUGCCGUCAUUCUCCUGGUAUUCAUCUUUGUAUCUCGGCCAGUGAGGGAAGAACAAAAGAGGAUCAGGGCAUUGAAUGUUCAGGAGACGGAGGAGGACACGAGGAGCUAGUCCAACAGGUCAUCCAGAGCUGGAAGAGAUCGGAAAUUCUGACAAAUUAUGAGGCACGCGUGACUCGUAAGAGGCACCGCAUUUCGCUGUUCAGAGUUGUGUUCUUUAGGCUUGCCAGAACCCUAUGAUCAUGGGUUCGAAUCUCAGAUACGCCCUAAUUAUGUUUAUGGUUCGUCAGCAUCAUACCCGUGCUUGUGAAUUUCAAAUAAGUGGUAGACAUCUUAGAUCUGCGUGGAUUUUCCUCCCACCUAAAGCUGACACCCUGUUAUAUAUACAAUCGGACCUCGCUUGUCCGGACACUUGCGUUUUUUCAAAUAAUGUCCGGAUUAUACGAGUUUCGAUUGCCAUAUCAUAGUCAAACCACAACAAAUAUCACUAUGAACGUUCAGAAUUUGGCAUUUAUUACAUAUGUAUCUAUUUUCUGACGUUGUUUCAAGGCGUGAAUAACGGUAGUCUGACCACGGUUCUAUCAAUAUUGGUGCGAUCUGCCAAUCAGUUCACACACGAUUUGUCCGAAAGUAAUACAAUCAAUAUUGAAUGAAAGAUAUACAUAUCCAGGUAUGACACGAAGACUUUUUGUAACCAGAUGGUGUAAUAACAGGAUGAAAUCAACACUGUGAUCACACAUGACACCCGCCCCUUUGAUGUCGGAGGCCGGGUGGUGAAUUGCAAAACAAACAUAAUCAAGAGUGGUCAGGGGCGGUUAAGUAGCUUAGUGGUCAAAGCGUUGGCUCGUCACGACGAAGGCCUGGGUUUUAUUCCCUACGUGGGUACAAUGAUUUAACCUCAUUUCUGGUGUCCCCCGCCGUGAUAUUGCUGGAAUAUUGCUAACAGCGGCGUAAAUCCACACUCACCCAAGAGUGGUCGCUGUCCGGUAAGUGGGACACAAUGGUGUGUAUUUUCACUGUUAGCAAUUGUGACCCACGAGGAGAAAAAGGACCUCAAGGGUGCUAGGAUUAAAUUUUGCUAUGACGUCAUAAAGACGUUUGACGUCAACUUACUUCAGUGAAGAUCGAUAUGUGUAAUGUUUCCCCUUCAUAAAUAUGAAUUGGAGCUUGUGAAUUGUAUUUUUGUGUUCCGAAGGUGCUGUAGUUUUAAAAUAAAAUAAAAAGUCAAAAUGUGAUUUUUCACCCAUAAGGUCCCUUAUCUCAUGGUUGGUCACAACUGCAUAUCACUUUCCGGGUAAAUGAAGCAUUUUAUGUAGUAUAGAUCGUUUCACGUAAAUACCGUCUCCGGACAUGUGUGGUCCGGAUAAGUGGGACUUCACUGUAAUUGGUACAUAAUGUUCAAAGCGGUGUUCAAUCAAACGCACUCAUUCACUGCAUAAAAGUUGUACCAGAAUCAUUGUCUCUUUCAAGUUGAACGCUUUCAUCAAUUUAUAAUAUGAGGUGUUCAAUAAAAUAAAUUCACAAAUUUUAACUCAAAAUGCAAACUUUUGAGUGAGUGGGAUAAAAUUUAACAUCGCAUUUUAUACAAAUGUUCACAGUAUUCAGGUGAAGUUAUUUUCCUCUGUGAUAUACAUGGAUGCAUGGAAACAUUACGAAGGGCUUUCAUUAGGUCAAGAGAUGGUUUUUACUUGAUCAUUCUUAUUAUUUUCACGUACAAAUGAUUGUAUUCAGAGCACUAAAAUAAAGACACUUUUAUUA